UGGGCAGCCGGCCUAAAGGCUGCGCCUGGGCGGUGGCUCUUCCGCCCUGAGGGCCCCUGCGGUGGCGGCCCUGAGGGAAGAGGUGGGUGGCCACGAUGACCCAGGCAGAAAAGGGGGACACAGAAAACGGGAAGGAGAAGGGCGGGGAGAAGGAGAAGGAGCAGCGCGGUGUGAAGCGGCCCAUCGUGCCCGCGCUGGUGCCGGAGUCUCUGCAGGAGCAAAUCCAGAGCAACUUCAUCGUUGUCAUUCAUCCGGGUUCAACAACUUUGAGGAUUGGUCGAGCCACAGACACACUUCCUGCCAGCAUUCCUCACAUCAUUGCAAGAAGACACAAACAACCAGGGCAGCCCCUAUACAAGGACAACUGGCUGCUAAGGGAGGGACUAAAUAAACCUGAAAGUAAUGAACAAAGACAAAAUGGCCUUAAAAUGGUGGAUCAAGCUAUAUGGUCUAAAAAGAUGUCAAAUGGUACAAGACGGAUUCCUGUGACCCCAGAACAGGCACGCUCCUACAACAAGCAGAUGCGACCUGCAAUUUUAGAUCACUGUUCUGGAAAUAAGUGGACAAACACAUCUCAUCACCCUGAGUAUUUGGUAGGAGAAGAGGCCUUGUAUGUUAAUCCACUGGACUGUUACAAUAUUCACUGGCCCAUCAGAAGAGGUCAGUUAAAUAUUCACCCAGGACCUGGGGGCUCCCUUACGGCUGUUCUGGCAGAUAUUGAAGUAAUAUGGUCUCAUGCAAUACAAAAAUACUUGGAAAUCCCACUGAAAGAUUUAAAGUAUUAUAGAUGUAUCUUAUUAAUUCCUGAUAUUUAUAAUAAACAGCAUGUGAAAGAAUUAGUGAAUAUGAUCCUAAUGAAGAUGGGCUUUUCAGGGAUCGUGGUCCAUCAGGAGUCUGUGUGUGCCACCUUUGGAAGUGGCUUAAGCAGCACAUGUAUUGUAGAUGUUGGGGACCAGAAGACAAGUGUAUGUUGUGUAGAGGAUGGGAUCUCUCAUCGCAACACUCGCCUCUGUCUGGCAUAUGGCGGAUCUGAUGUGUCAAGAUGUUUCUACUGGCUAAUGCAGCGAGCUGGGUUCCCGUACAGAGAAUGCCAGUUAACAAACAAAAUGGAUUGCCUUCUUCUACAGCACCUUAAAGAAACUUUUUGUCAUUUAGAUCAGGACAUCUCUGGGCUACAGGAUCAUGAGUUUCAGAUUCGACAUCCUGAUUCCCCAGCCCUGCUUUACCAGUUUCGAUUAGGAGACGAGAAACUCCAGGCUCCAAUGGCUUUGUUCUACCCAGCAACUUUUGGAAUUGUUGGACAGAAAAUGACAACUUUACAGCACAGAUCCCAGGGUGAUCCUGAGGAUCCUCAUGAUGAGCAUUAUCUGCUGGCCACUCAGAGCAAGCAAGAACAGUCUGCAAAAGCUACUGCUGACCGAAAGUCUGCAUCCAAACCCAUUGGAUUUGAAGGGGAUCUUCGUGGCCAGUCCUCUGAUCUUCCAGAAAGACUCCAUUCCCAGGAGGUGGAUUUGGGGUCCUCCCAGGGAGACUGCCUGAUGGCUGGCAAUGAUUCUGAGGAGGCCCUCACCGCGCUGAUGUCCAGGAAGACUGCCAUCUCGCUGUUUGAAGGGAAAGCUCUGGGCCUGGAUAAAGCCAUCCUUCAUAGCAUAGACUGCUGUUCGUCUGAUGAUACCAAAAAGAAGAUGUACAGCUCCAUCCUGGUGGUGGGAGGUGGCUUGAUGUUUCAUAAAGCUCAAGAAUUCUUGCAGCACAGAAUACUCAACAAAAUGCCACCUUCAUUCAGGAGAAUUAUUGAAAAUGUGGACGUGAUUACAAGACCUAAGGAUAUGGAUCCCCGGUUGAUUGCAUGGAAAGGAGGGGCAGUGUUAGCUUGUUUGGAUACGACACAGGAACUGUGGAUUUAUCAGCGAGAAUGGCAGCGCUUUGGUGUCCGCAUGUUACGAGAGCGAGCUGCUUUUGUGUGGUGAGACGGGGAGAAAAAGUCACUGUUGAAAACCAAAAACAAGCCUCAUGGUAUAAAACACUCUUACAGAAUAUAUAUAUUUUAAUUUAUUAGCCUAGAUGCUUAAGUUUUAUGGAAAAGAAAUGAAGUUCAGUUUUAUUUUGAGGACAUGACAUUGGUGUGUAAUUAUAAGCUGCUUUUGUACUCAGGACAAUUGAGAAAUGCAGACUUACUCUUCACUCUCCUGCCCCGUUCUCAGGAUCUCAUGAAGUCCCCAAUGAUGUAAAAUGUUGCUGUUAAACAGGUCUCACGUGUUGAAGUCAUUAAGUUGACUUCCAGGUGUCGUUAGGUGGUCUCAAGCAGCUGAAGGUAUGUGACUUGUGUACCCGGAUCAAGGAAAGAACCAUCUGGCUAUGCCAUUUUCCUCCUUGCCUAGUACAGGAGUUAGAUUUUAAGGUCAUCAGAGCUGUAGGCACACGUAACAUGACUCAUGUGCCCUCUUGGAAUUCCAAGUAGGAAAACAACUUUCCUUUUUUAUUUUUUCUUUGUUGGAGGACAAAAAGAUUGGGACCCAUUCAAGUCUAGAGUUCCUGAAGCAAAGGUUUAAGGCUGGGCUGGUUUUUGUCACCUGGAAUGCUCUAGGAUGGGCUUGGGGAAGGAAAACAAUUAUUAUUUGACCAACACUGAGUAAGAGCUGAAAAGGAAGUCGUUUCCUUCCUAAACCAAAAUAGAAGUGAUUUAGGUGUAGUUUACAGAAUUAACUUGUACGGUUAAACAAAUUGAUUAAGUUGUAAUUACUACUGACUUAAUCAUUAAACUUCCAAAUUUUCCCUUACCUGAAGAACCAAGAAGUUCCUUGUGUUCAGUAUGAUCAGUUGACCUUAAACAAAGCAAGCCGAAGCAAAAUCUAAAUAACAAGACAGCUACUACGACCUGUGGCCCACGCCUUAGUGAGGCUUCUGAGCCCCCAGCAAAAGGAGGAGAAGGCACUGUCCUGAGUCAGGAGCCAGUCGGUGAGCACAGCCUGGGGGUCAGAGGGAGGAGUGGGAGGUGGCUGCCAUACUUGCUGCUAGGUGCCUGCUUCCACCAUCUCGAGAGGAAAGACAGAAGCGGAGACAGAGAAGAGAUGAAGAUAAGAAUGGAAUACAGAAAUAAGAAAGAUGGUCAGAAAUCCUAGGACAAGGAGAGAUGCUGGCACUAGAGCAUUUUACAUACAUCAAAGUGCCCUGGAUGUCUGCUCAGUAGGUUAGGAACAAAGAAGAGUUCACCAAUAUAAGAAAAUAAUUUCAACUUUCUAAUGCCAUUUUAGAUAUGUGCCUUCAAUUUAAAAACUGUUCUGUUUUAUGUUUUUUAAUUUCUUAGCAAAAUAAAUUUAUACAAUAUUGAUUUUAUUUGUUUCUGGGCUGUUUCAACACAAUUUACUAUUGGCUACUCAGAUCCAAAAGUAUAUUUCUGUUUAUAAUAGCUUUUCACAUAACAGCGUAUUGCUCUUGUAACUGGUAGAUGUUAAUUCAUAAGAAGUUGGUUUCUGGUCUAAGUUUUGACAUAAGCCAUAUCCAUCUUUUAUUACCAGCACUUAUAGCACUGUGAAAACUGAUCAUGACAAAUAAGUGAGCUUUACCACAUUAAACACAUUGCCUCUGCCUUCACUAAGUAUCCACUUGUGAAGCUGGACACGGUAAGUUUUCACUCUAUACUUCUUUAUUUGGGUUUUUAUUUUAUGUAUAAGACAUAUAUUAGGAGUGGCAUAGUCCUGUAAGGCUAAUCUGCAAAUGUAAUACAUUUUAACAGUGAACCAUCUGAAACUGAUCCACAUUUCAGAGCAGAGUCAGUAUUGCACUGUGUGAAAGAGACAGGCAUUCCUAGAAAAACAUGUAUGCUAAUAUUAAAAAGUACAUUUUUGUGAUCUCUACAUUAAGAAAAAGAUGCUUGUAGAAAAAUAAAAGGUAGAAAGAUUUAAAAUACCACGUACCUCUAUGUUCUGUAAUUCAGUGAUAGUUUGUCUUUUGUUUAUGUAAACCAUUAUAAUACCUCAUUUAUAAAAAGAUGCCUGAAGAGGGCUAAUUUUCAACUUAACAAGAAUUAUUUUUGUUUUGAACAUGAAAAAUUAUAUACUAACUGAGAAACCCCAAGAACUCUGACAGUGUCCUCUAUUAGGUAGUUUAGAGCAAAAGUACACACCAAGUCUACAGAUAAUAUAUUUCAGUGUUCAUGUUAAAAGUCACUUGCACAAGGGUCAAACAGGACAUGAAUCUACUUCUGAGAGAGAACGUCCUAUGUAAAUAUGAAAUAAUGCAAGUGAUUACACAUACUCUACGUCAUUGGUCAGUAAAGGUGGGUUCAGCUUAUUCUGUACUUCAGUUAUCUUAAAAAUGAUUUUUGCAUGUAAUAGAGGAACUUGGAAGAAGGAUCUCGUGAUCUACAUCUAAAAAAAUUGGCCAGUGAAAACCUAUUGGUAGCAGCAGAACAUUGAUACAGUGCCAUAAGAUGUGCCCAUCAGGUUGGAAGGCACUCAAAAUAUGAC